AUGCGGAUGUACCGAUAUCCCACACGGCCUCAGAUGAGACGGUCAAACCACGUCUCGCGCCACUUCAAAUUCCCAGAAGCGGUCGUCAACCAACUGCUUCAAAAUUUGCAAGGCAUACAACCGGAAAGCAGUAAGAUUGCUGACCAAAUAAACACACUAGACAAGAUACUCUCUAUCAUCUCUCAAUUAGAGCGUAAGGGAGAAAACACUGACACGCAACAGAUGCGACGCACUAUCUUGAAGAAGUUCACUGACAAAAUCCAGCGCGCCAUGCUGAAAAAGAAAACAUCCUCUCAAGGAUCAAGUUGGACAACAAAGCAGCUACUUCAGGACCUCCAAGAAGUCUUCGAAAUAGAAGCGCAAUUCAGAACAUUCGAGGAACCAUGA